AUGGACUUCUUCUCUGAAUAUGGUGAUGCCAAUAGGUACAAAAUUCAGGAAGUUAUUGGGAAAGGCAGUUACGGUGUUGUUUGCUCUGCAAUCGAUACACACACUGGUGAGAAAGUGGCAAUAAAGAAAAUACAUGAUAUUUUUGAACACAUUUCCGAUGCUGCUCGUAUAUUGCGUGAGAUAAAGCUGCUUAGGCUCCUAAGACAUCCUGAUAUUGUGGAAAUCAAACACAUCAUGCUACCACCAUCAAGAAGGGAUUUUAAAGAUAUCUAUGUUGUUUUUGAGCUCAUGGAGUCGGAUCUUCAUCAAGUCAUUAAAGCCAAUGAUGACUUGACACGAGAGCACUAUCAAUUUUUUCUUUACCAACUACUUCGUGCGUUAAAGUAUAUACACACAGCAAAUGUUUAUCAUCGAGAUUUAAAGCCGAAGAAUAUAUUGGCAAAUGCAAACUGUAAGCUUAAAAUCUGUGAUUUUGGAUUAGCAAGAGUUGCUUUCAAUGAUACACCCACAACAAUAUUCUGGACGGAUUAUGUUGCUACAAGAUGGUAUAGAGCUCCUGAACUCUGUGGGUCCUUUUUCUCUAAGUAUACACCAGCAAUUGAUAUAUGGAGUAUAGGCUGCAUUUUUGCUGAAGUACUAACGGGGAAACCACUUUUUCCUGGGAAAAAUGUCGUUCACCAGUUGGACUUGAUGACCGAUCUACUUGGUACACCGUCAUUAGAUACAAUCUCUCGGGUUCGAAAUGAUAAGGCAAGGAGAUACUUAACUAGCAUGAGGAAAAAACAGCCAGUUCCACUUGCACUGAAAUUUCCAAAUGCAGAUCCUUUGGCACUACGUUUAUUGGAAAGGCUACUUGCUUUUGACCCCAAAGACCGGCCAACUGCUGAAGAGGCGUUGGCAGAUCCUUACUUCAAGGGAUUGGCUAAAGUUGAGAGGGAGCCUUCCUGCCAGCCAAUAACAAAGAUGGAGUUUGAGUUUGAGAGGCGAAGAGUUACAAAGGAGGACAUACGAGAGCUAAUUUUUCGGGAGAUACUGGAAUACCAUCCUCAACUUCUCAAGGACUACGUAAAUGGAACUGAGAGGACUAACUUUCUUUAUCCAAGUGCCGUUGAUCAAUUCCGAAAGCAGUUUGCACAUCUUGAGGAAAAUGUUGGUAAAAGUGGGCCCGUAAUUCCACUUGAAAGAAAGCAUGUAUCUCUUCCGAGGUCUACCAUUGUACAUUCAAGCUCAAUCCCUUCCAAAGAACAACAGAACCUUGCUUCCUUCAAGGACAGGCACACUGCAGAGGAAGCCUACAACAAAAAUCCCAGAGACUCCGAAGGAAAUUCCAUAAAUAUAUCAAGGACCUUACAGGCACAGCAGAGAAUUCCACUGGCUAAACCUGGAAAGAUUGUGGGGCCAGUUGUACCAUACGAGAAUGGAAGCAUCAUGAAAGAUGCUUAUGACCCGAGAACAUACAUCAGAAGUGCAGCCCUUCCUCUGCAUACUGUCCCUUCUGCAUACUGUUACCGCAAAACAGGAAAGCAGGAGCGAUCUACCAUGGAAGCUGAAAGAGAUCUGUCCUCACAAAAGCAAGUCCAGCAAUGUGGCAUGGCAGCCAAAUAUUCACCAGAUGUUGCAAUCAACAUAGACUCCAACCCAUUUUUCAUGACAAGGGUAGGAGUGAACAAGGUAGAGCAUGUGGACGACCGGGUGAUGAUUGACACGAGUUUGAUGCAGGCCAAGGGUCAGUAUGGCGGGAUUAGUGCCGCUGCUGCAGCCGCUUCUACAGCUGCUCACAGAAAGGUUGGAACUGUUCAAUAUGGCGUAAUCUUACCGUUGGAGCCAUGGAUGGACCUCGUACGCGGGUUAGGGGCAGCUUCUGGUCCCGAGGACUUGUAG